AUGCCCUACGCAGGUCCCUCCUCCGACCCCUCCUCCUCCGCGACCGCGACCGCGUCCUUGCCACGCCCCUUCCACCGUCGCUCGCGCUCCUCCGGCAACUUCUCUGACGAACGCGGUCCCGGUGCCUUCGCUGGCCUCGGGCAGCUCCCCCGCCUCAACAAGAAGGCCGUCUUCCGCAUCAACGACGACAACGACGACGACAACGUCCACGACGAUGAACGCCCCUUCUCCCCGUACGCCAACCCAUACUCCCCCCUCAACUCCCUCCGCCUCUCCAUGAACGCCGGCAAGUUCUCCCCCUCCAUUCAGCCCCCGCCCAGGAUCGAAAUCCCCCCACUCGAGCCCCCGGCUGCUGUCCCCUUCCCCACCUCUUCCCCCACCUCCCCGUCAUCCGGUCCCCUCCUCUUCGCCACUUCGCUCUCCAGGGAGUCGUCGAGGUCGUCCACCGCCUCUCUCCCCCGCACGCCCUCCACCCCCAUCAUUCUCUCCAAUGGGAAGCCCCUCAAGUCCUCCCUCAAGUCUUCCGCCUCCUCGCCAAACAUCUCCGACCUGCCCAUCAAGCACAUACGUGCCCAGUCCGCUCCCUCGACGCCUAGCAUGAACAAGAACGUUCACUUCGCCGAGAAGGACGAGGGUCUGGAGACUGUCCGCGUUUACAACAGGACCGGCAAGCCCGCGUCCCUGUCGAAGCCUCCUGGCGAGGAGACCGAGACCGAGACCGAACUCGAGAACUCGUCCUCCUUCCCCUUCCCGAUUCUCCCCUCCUCCCUCUCCUCCACCAGCUCCGCAGCCCUUGUCCACGAGAUCGACCCGGCGCUCAACCGCACCAACCCGAUCCCGAAGUCGAACCCCUCGCCGUACGCCAACGUCUUCCUCGAGACGCUCUCCCUUCCCAAGACACGCCCUCCCACCCUUCGGGGGACGAUCCUGGCGCGGAACGUGUCCUUCGAGAAGACCGUCGCCGUCCGCUUCACGCUCGACGACUGGCAAACGACGAGCGAGGUGAUGUGCAAGCACGUCGUCAGCCUGCCGGGCCUCCCGCCACCCUUCCCUCGUGCACGCACGAUGGGCGACGUCGCCGGGAACCUCGCUACGGGUCAGCCGAAGGACGAGGAGAAGGAGCCGGCCGGACCGACUUGGGACCGCUUCAGCUUUACGAUCCGGCUGGAGGACUACGAGGCGAAGCUUUCCGAGCGGACUCUGUUCCUGGUCGUCCGCUACAACCCCGGGUGCGGCGGUGAAUGGUGGGACAACAACGACAACGCGAACUACCGUGUCGGCUUCCGCCGCGCCGCUGUCUCCCCGCUCCCGUCCCCCAGCUUGGCGAACUCGCAGCAGCGCACGUUCAGUGCUCCGAGCACGCUCCGGGCCACGCCGACUACCGGGGUCGUGGGUUCCCCGUACGCGCCUCCCACGAGGCAGCUCGCGCCGGCACCCCCUCAACUUGUCCGGAGCACGUCGUCCCCGUACCCCGUUCUCACACCGUCGACUGCCGAGCGUGAUCAGAAGGAGCGGGAGAGGAUGAGUGAGAAGGGGUUGGGCGCGCCGACGGCGGCGUAUCUGGCGCGCAAGCUGAGCUUUAGCAACUACGUGUCGCCGGCUUCGGCAGGGACGUCGAUGGUCACUCCGCCGACGACUCCGCCCGGUACGGUCCGGAUGCGCAGUGCGAGCUUGCCUAUGGAAGUUGGGAUCAGUGCAGACGGGCCGAAGGAGGAGGAACCGAAGGAGAAGAAGGAAGAGCAUCCAACUGACACUGUUCAAGGCACCGACACCCAAGGUGGAGGUCGCCCCCGAACCUGUAAGGCAACGCACACCUUCACCCCCCAGGAAGUCUCCGCCCCUGUUGUCGCCGCUGUAACUAUCCCGGGACCAUCGCCAGACGCGCUCUCACAAGCGCGGACGUCGUAUGGUUUCGAGUAUGGAAGCAGCCCCCCCGCCCUGGCACUCGGCUUCUCCGUUCCGAGAACGAGCAGCCCGCGACCGAUAAGCCCUAGUACGGAGGCGCAAGCAGCCGUCGAGUCGAUCAACACCGCCGUGCGCGAGCUUGGCCUGGGCCUCCCCGGGGCGCUUCCGCCAACGCGCGCCGCUCUCCGCCAGUGGUGCUUCGCCCAGAGUUCGCCUCCUCCGCAAUCGUUGGCGUCGACGCCGAUGCCGAUGCCGACGCCGAGCGAGGUCCCGAUGCUCAAGUCCGGCGAAAACACGCCCAAGGCGGGGUUCGGUGCGCUCGACCCUGGUGUGUCGCUAGACGCCGAAAAUGUCGCUGUCCGCGUCGAGCGCAUGGUGCUCGACGGCGUCGACAUGUAA